UAGAUUCUCCAAAUCAUGAGGGUAUGUCUAAAGUUUCCUUAUAUAUUAACACUCAAUACAUUCUCUACAAUUUGUUAUUAAUUAACCCAAGUUGCAAAAUGAAUGUAUGUAGUUAUUGAAAUUUUUCAAAUAGCAAUGGAUGCUGACAAACUUCCGGAGCAAGAAAUGGAAGAGGACCAACCUAAGGAGUUCUGGGACCUAGUAUUGGGAGACGAUUGGAAUGAAGUAAUUAAAAAAUACGAUGAAGAUAGUAAUUGUCACAGGAUAGGUAUCAAGGGAAGAGGAACAGCAUUACACGUGGCAGUAAGCAUUGGACGCAAAGAAAUAGUGAAAAGACUUGUAGAAGCAAUAGAAAAGGUUGGUGAUGAAAGUAGUUUGAAAAUAAGGAAUGAAAUAGGCGCUACUCCUCUUCAUGUUGCAGCAUAUGCAGGAUUCCUAGAUGUGUGUAAACUUAUAAUUGGAAAAGAAGGUAAAAGGAAAUAUUUGAUUCAAGAGAAAAAUUUUGACGGGGAAACACCACUUUUUUGGGCUGUUAAUGCCCGUCAAAUGUCAGUGUUUCUUUAUCUUCAACAGUUUUAUUGUCUUGAUCUCAAUAUUGCUAUCGAUAACAAUGAUACUAGCAUUUUUCAUGUUGCCAUUCAGACAGAAAGAUAUGGUUAG